CUCACCACGUGGUUGAUAAUAACAUGGGUGGGCUCGAGAGGGCGGUGGUGGACUGUCAGCGAUGAUUUGGAAAUAAUGUUGUCACGCAUUAAUGAAGUUAAGUAAUGAUUCAUAACGCAGGUUUAGAAACAUAACGUCAGUGUAACAGAACCGGAGCUUGACAGGUGACCUUUGGUUGUUGUUGUCGUCGUGUCUGUGUGUGAGAGAGCCGGGGAGGAGCAGCGCGAGAGAGACGUUAGCCCGUUUAGCUUAGUACCGGUAGCCACCAGGAAGAUCACCGGCCGCACCGAGGGACAAGUAGAGUCCGUCUGUGGUCAUGGCUGCCCUCGGUAACUCCGGAGCUACUUCCAGUCCGAUGGUGGUCCUGGCUCCGAAGACUAAAACGAAAAAGAAACAUUUCGUGCAGCAGAAGGUGAAGGUGUUUCGAGCCAGCGACCCCGUCAUGAGCGUCUUCAUGUGGGGCGUCAAUCACUCGAUCAAUGAUCUUAACCAGGUGCCUGUUCCUGUCAUGCUGCUGCCGGAUGACUUUAAAGCAAACACCAAGAUCAAAGUCAACAACCACCUCUUUAACAAAGAAAAUCUCCCGGGACAUUUUAAAUUCAAAGAAUACUGUCCUCAGGUCUUCCGAAAUCUAAGGGAGCGGUUUGGUAUUGAGGAUCUUGAUUAUCAGGUUUCGUUGACCCGCAGCCCCCCGAUGAGGAGUGUAGAUGACCAGGGAGAGGGUCUGCUCCUCAACUCCUACGACCGAACGCUGGUCAUCAAGCAAAUCUCCAGCGAGGAUGUUGCAGACAUGCACAGCAUCCUGUCUGAGUAUCACCAGCACAUCGUGAAGUGUCACGGCAGCACCCUGCUGCCACAGUUCCUGGGUAUGUACCGGGUGAGCGUGGACAGCGAGGAGACCUACCUGAUCGUCAUGAGGAACAUGUUCAGCCACAGACUUGUCGUACACAGGAAGUACGAUCUAAAGGGUUCUCAGGUGGCUCGUGAAGCAAGUGACAAAGAAAGGGGAAAAGAGCUGCCGACCUUCAAGGACAUGGACUUCAGGAACAACUUGCAGAAGGUGUAUGUGACCGAUGAGCAGAAGGAGAAGUUCAUGGAGAAACUUAACAGAGAUGUGGAGUUCCUGGUGAGGCUGAAGAUCAUGGACUACAGCCUGCUGCUCGGUAUCCACGAUGUGGGUCGAGCUGAACGGGAUGAAGACGAGGGCGAGGAGGUUUCAAACGAGGAGGAACCGGACGCAGAGAACGGCCUGACUACGGGCGCUACCGUCGGCUCUUAUGGCACCUCGCCAGAGGGAAUCGCUGGUUACAUGUCCUGCUGCAAACCCCUGGGGCCCGGGGAGUUCGACCCUUACGUGGAUGUGUACGCGGUCGGGAACUGCCCAGGAGCCCCUCAGAGGGAGGUCUAUUUCAUGGGCCUGAUUGAUGUACUUACGCAGUACGACACCAAGAAGAAAGCCGCUCAUGCAGCAAAAACUGUCAAACACGGGGCCGGUGCUGAAAUCUCCACCGUCCACCCCGAGCAGUACGCCAAACGAUUUCGUGACUUCAUCUUUAACAUCUUUGCGUAACACUCGCUAUGAGCGCUGCCGCACUGCCGAUCCAGCUGAGAGCUAAACUUCUUCUUCUUCUUUUUUUUUUACCGUUUGACCAAAAUAUAGUGUGCACACACAGAUCAUAAUUUAAAUGAUCUGAGGCGGGACUACUUACGUUGUAGCAACAUAAUGUACUACUUCUGAUGCAUAUAUUUAUUUUUAAGAUUUAAGAUACAUUUCUUAUAGAUAUUAAGCGCUCUUUAAUGGAAUAACUAGCACUAGGGUACAAUGAAAUAAACUGCUGUUGAUCAGUGUUAGACCACGUCAGUGUGAGAUCAAAUAUAAGUUUUCUGUUUUGUCACUUUGUUCCCCAGGCAUGAACUAAACUAAAAGGAAGAGUUUGGCAUUUUAGGAAGUGUGCUUAUUUACUUUCUUGGCAAUAGUUGGAUGAGGAAAUUGAUGCCAGUCGUGUUAAAGGUUCUCCAGUUUUUCGACCUCUAUUAGCGUUCGAAAAAGAAAUUUCUUUCUGAGUGGGACGCAUUUUGACGCAUGUGCACACGAUACACAAAGCCGGGCUAGCUGUUUAAGCUAAGAGCACCAGCUGCAGCUUUGUUUUGGCAUCUAUCCUCUCGGCUAGCUAUCGGCAAGAAAGCAAAUAAAUGUAGUUCCCAAAAUGUGAAACUAUUCUUUUAAAUCCUCGAAUAAUAAUCUAAUGGAGAUGGGUGUGAAAACAAUAAUGGUAGUCUAGACUCUACACUUAUUAUUAUUUAUCUAUUGAUGCAGGCCAUUUGAAUGUGUGCCAAAUGUGUGGGAUCAAAGCUUUAUCCUUGGGAGGAUUUGCACUUUGCAUACAAUUAAAUCAACUGUUGUGACGCAGCGGAAACACAAAUUUGAAUGAAUCAAAUUAGAUUUUCCACCAAAGUCUUUACUAAAUAAAAAAAAUAAAAAUGCACAGAACAGGCUUGUCAAUUGAAAUGAUAAAUGUGCGGUAUUUAAAUAGUGAGCACAUCAAUUAGUUUGGCUCGUAAACAUGCCCGGCAGCCCCGCGUCUCUUAGCCACCAGAGCCUGUACGGAGAAUGUGACCUGUGUGACCUUUACCCACAGAGCUGCGUUAAUGAAGGGACUCGUCCAAAUGUUAGGAUCAGUUCAGCCUUUUUAAAAUGAAGUACCUUCAUGUGUCGCUGUGUGAGUCCACUUCAGAACACUUCCAUCUCUCAUUGUUCUGGACGGACUCCUGAUGUAGUGUUCUGUGCAUUAAAAUGGCAAAUGUGCGCUAUGUGAAUCAUUGUGAUGGAUUUAGACAAAUGUAGCUAUAGACUUAGGAACUAUUGUGUGUAUUGUAUUGAAAUUUGCGAUUUAAUUAUAACCAGGGUACUGUGUAAAACAUUGUUGACAAUAACACUACAUUUCAGUAGCUUCUGCAGUUAGCCUUAACACAGUGAUGUGGUAGAACAUUCCUUAAACACUGGCGAGGCAGCGUAGAUACAGUCCCCUCUGUAUGACGCCUCAUCUGCUCCAUGAUUGCACAUGUUGUAUUUUUGCAAAUCAGCUUUUGGACCAAAAUAUAUUUUACAAGGAAUUUCUGAAA